CUUCAAGGGGAAAAAUGAAAAUAUCAGUAGUUGCCUCCGGUUUCCACAACCACCUCAGAUCUUUCUUCACUCUCAAGUUUCUUCUCUCAACCCUAGGCGGUGGUGAAGUGGUAGUUGAAACGUAAUCGGCAGCGUCGGCGUCGGAUUUCUACAGUUAGUGAGGUGAGAAUUCGCGGUGAUGAAGAUUCAGUGCAACGUGUGCGAGGCGGCGGAGGCCAACGUGCUGUGCUGCGCCGACGAAGCGGCGCUCUGCUGGGCCUGCGACGAGAAGGUUCACGCGGCGAACAAGCUCGCGAGCAAGCACCAGAGGGUUCCUCUCUCCACCUCGUCUUCUCAGAUGCCCAAGUGCGACAUCUGCCAGGAGACAGUUGGCUAUUUCUUCUGCCUAGAAGACAGAGCUUUACUCUGCAGGAAAUGUGAUGUUUCCAUACACACGGCGAAUACAUAUGUUUCAGCUCACCAGAGGUUUCUGCUGACUGGAGUGAAAGUAGGGCUUGAACCUACACAACCCGGUUCAUCCUCUUCCAUGGGGAAAUCAAAUCUUGUUGGGAAGCACUCAGAAACUGAAUCUCCUUCUGCGUCCAGGAGAGGUGCCCCUAUGCCAUUGACCUGUGAUUACAACAAAACGUUAUCCAUCCAAGCUGGUGGAGCUGGGGAUUUUGUGCCAACUAAGGUUUCAUUUGCUGGGGGUUCUGGAUCAACUGAAAGCAUUCCACAGUGGCAUAUAGAUGAACUUUUUGGACUAAAUGAAUUCAAUCAGACCUAUGACUGCAUGGAUAAUGGAACAUCCAAGGCUGAUAUUGGUAAGCUCGGUGACUCUGAUUGCUCACCAACUUUAAGAGCUGCUGAUGAAGAGCUGAACUUCGAUGAUUGCUUAGGUCAGGUGCCAGAGACAACUUGGAUGGUGCCUCAGAUCUCGUCACCACCUACAGCCUCAGGACUAUACUGGCCUAAAAGUUCUCAAAUUUCAUCCGAUACUUCUGUUUUUGUGCCUGACAUAUGCUAUUCACCUGUGCAAAUGCAAAAUGAAUCUGCCACCAAAUGUCGGAGGCAAUUCUGAUCUCAUCUUCUCUUCUCGCAGCAGGGAUGGUGUGCGCCAUGUUUUUAUGUUCGUCCUCUUUCCAGAGUACAAGGAGGUUGAUUUCUUGGUUUGUGGUUGUCCUCUGUGAUUAUAUCCCCCUCAUUCACGCCAGUCCUACAUAAAAAAUGAGGGGGGUUAGAAUAUAAGGGGACAAUAGCUUAAAGAUUUAACCAAACGAUCACCUUGUAGUCUGAAAAGGAGAAAGUAGAUGUAUUUUUUUGGGAAUCUUGAAAGUUGUGUUCGCUUGGUAGCUUCUUAUUUUUGAGUCUCCUUCCUGUAGGAGCAGGGCUUUGAUUUACUUAGAUAUAAUGCUAUGGAUUCGAUCAUUUUGGAUCUUAUUAGCUGUCUUUGUGUAUAUCAUGUAUCCGAGGCCCCGGGGCAUACGCUUAGCAUACUAGGGACUGGUUUCUAUCCAUGGUCGUAAGUGGAUGGAUGAUGCAUGCUGAGGUUUGAUCAGAGUUACCCAAAUUGGUAGUAAUCAAAUUUCAGUAUUUCCAUUAUGCAAA